CCCCCCAGCUCCUCCCACUCUAACUGGGACCAGCCUUGGUGCUUAGAGGGAUCUCGUACCUGCUCCGAGGCAGGGAUGCUGGGAUGCUGGAGCUCUGGGCGCCGAGGAGGGAGGGCAGGAAGGAGGGACGAAGGGGUGGCAGGAGGCGGAUCCCGGCUGCCACUGCGGCAGGACCCGGCCCCCGCCCGGGCGGCGGUACCGGACCGACCCGUUGUCCGGGGGUCCGUAGCCUGGAGCCCCGGCCAGCCCACGCCCAGGCAGGGAGGCAAGGGAUGCAUGGCUGCCCGCCGCCUCCUCCUCAGCACCAUGAAGCAGAUCUGCCUCUGUGCCGCUGCCUCCUUUGCGAGUCAGGACUGGACCAAGAACGAUGAGAAGCUCCUGCAAGCUGUGGAUUACAACGAUGCUGGAAAGGUGGCAUCCCUCCUCGUCCGCAAGGGCCUGGUCCCCACCAAGCUGGAUUCGGAGGGCAAAUCUGCGUUUCAUCUGGCUGCCAUACGGGGGAACGUGGACUGCCUUGAAGCCAUGCUAGCUCACGGUGUGGAUGCCAUGACCAAGGACAGCUCAGGUUACACUGCCCUGCACCUGGCGUCCAAGCAUGGCCACCCACAGUGUGUGAGCAAGCUGCUGCAGGCCUCCUGCCCUGUGGAUAUAGCUGACAGCAGCGGCCAAACGGCGCUGCACCAUGCAGCGAUCAGUGGCUGCAUAUCGUGCUCAGAGAUCCUCUGUGAUUACAAGGCUGCCCUGAACAUCAAGGACAAGGGUGGCUGCACGCCGCUGAUCCUUGCUGCCAAGAUGAGCCACUCAGAGCUCUGCCAGUACCUGCUGCACCGCGGCGCAGCCAUCAACAGCCGGGACCUGCAGGGGAAGACAGCCCUGAUGCUGGCCUGUGAGAAUGGCAGCGUGGAGACCGUGGAGGUGCUCAUUAAUGCCGGUGCACGGGUGGCCUUGGUGGACUCGACGGGCCACGAUGCUGCACACUACGGCCUGUCCACGGGCAAUGCUCUCAUCCAGCACUUCCUGCAAGAGGCUGCCCAGCGCCAGUCCUGGGCCAGUGAAGAGGAAUCAUCUGCGCAGACAUCGCAGACAUCUUCACCCAGCCAGUCGGCAGGCAGAGAGAAAAGCAACACCCCGAGGAAGAGGAAAGCUCCCCUGCCUCCCCCAGGUACCCCCGGCCAGGAGGACCAGGAUGCUUACGAGGAGAUUGUGCGGCUGCGGCAGGAGCGGGCACAGUUCUUGCAGAAAAUCCGGGGUUUGGAGCAGCAGGAGAAGGAGAGACGAGAGCAGGCAGAGCUGGACAAGGGCUCCCUACGCUCCAUGGAGAAGCAGAUCCAAGAGCUGGAGGAGCGGCUGGCAGCACGGGAAAGAGAGAAGGAACGGCUGGGCAAGGAGGUGGAGGCUCUGCAGAGCCGCUUGUCCUCGAUGGAGAACGAGAAGGAGAACACGAGCUACGACAUCGAGACGCUGCAGGAUGAGGAGGGAGAGCUGCUUGAGUUCCCAGGGGCAGAGCUGCUGCUCUCCAAGAAGACUCUGAGCCCUUCGGCUGAGGAGCUGCUGGCCACGCUGCAGGGCCAGGUGCAGUCCCUCACCAUGCAGAACAAGGAGCUGAGGGAGAAGAUACAGGUCCUGGAGAACUUUGAGAGGGAUGAGAGCGACCCAUCUUUGCACGGGGACUUUGUGCCUGCCAGCCUCUACAACUCUCUCAAGCGCGAGCUGGAGAGGCUGCAGGCUCGGGGCACAGCGGCGCUGCAGGGCCCGGCGAGGCUGGCAGAGGCCGAGAAGCAGAGCUCUGCCUCAGAGCCAGGUGGAAAAGGGAGCAAGGAGCAGCAGCAUGCUGAGCAACAGGCCCAGACCCGGUGUAAGUGCGAGCUGCGGGUGCCACCCCAGCAGCCUCCCCCCGGCCCCGAGCAGGAGCGUGGCACCGAGCUGGCCGAGGCCCGGGUGGCCUUGAAGCAGGCACGGGCGGCGCUGGAGGAGCGGGAGCAGCAGGUGCGGGAGCUGCAGGGCCGCUUGGAGGCUGGUGCCCAGGAGGCGACGGCCUCACUUGGGCCCUCCCUGGAGGAGGCAUUGCAGGAGAAGGCGGCCCUGCUGGAGCGCUGCAGCCGAGCGGAGGCGGCGGCGGAGGCAAUGCGACGUGAGCUGGAAGCCAAGACACAGGACUGGCGGGCGGGCGCCGCGCCUGAGCUGGAGCCAGGUGCGGCAGAGCAGCGCGUGGCCGAGCUGGUGCGGCAGCACGGGGAGGCGACGGCCCAGCUGGGGCAGCUGCGGGAAGUGCUGGGCCGCAGGGAGAUGGAGCUGGAGGCCCUGCGAGAGCAGCUGGCUGCCCGGCCGGUGGGGCGGCAGGAGCACGAGGAGGUGCUGGCCCGGCUGCAGCAGGCACAGAAGGAGGCCAAGGGCAACGUGUCAGCAGAGGAGCACGCUCGGGCCACAGCGGCGCUGCAGGAGCAGGUGCAGGCGCUGCAGCAGCGGGCGGACCGGCUGCAGGCCGCGGCGGAGGCCAAGGGGCGCGAGGCCGCCCGGCUGGAGGCUGAGCUGGCGGCGGCGGUGCCGCGAGGGGAGCACGAGGCGGCGCAGGAGGGGCUGCGGGCCGAGGCGGCGGCGUUGGCCCAGCGGCUGAACGAGCUGUCGCGGCGGCACGAGAAGACGUGCGAGGAAGUGUUCCGGGUGCAGCGGCAGGCGCUGUUCAUGAAGAGCGAGCGGCAGGCGGCCGAGGAGCGGCUGGCCGCCGUGCAGCAGCAGCUGGCCGAGGCGCGGGAUGAAGCACGGCGCCUGCAGGACCUCCACGGCCACGCCGAGGACUCAGCCCGGAUGGUCAGGGACAGGGAUAGGAAGAUCACCGAGCUCUCCAAGGAGGUCUUCAGGCUGAAGGAGGCACUGAACGCACUCCCAGAGCCCCGGGGAGUGCCGCAGCCCCCCCCUGACACUGCUGCCACGCAGUCCAGGAUCCGGGCGCUGGAGGAGAAGCUGGCAGAGACGGAGCUGCAGCACAGCAAGGUGGUCAAGCUGUACCGGAGCCACCUGCUCUACGCGGUGCAAGGCCACAUGGAUGAGGAUGUGCAGAGGCUUCUGUGCCAGAUCCUGAAGAUGCAGCGGCUGCAGGAGCAGGGCAGAUGAAUCCCCACCAGCGAGGCAGGACCACAGGGACCACGGGCACAGCCAGCAACCUGGCAGGGGGGUCAGGUCCAUGCUCACACCCUCACAGCCCCUUUGCUUCUCUGAGCAGCACCCUGGUGCUGGCACACACAUCCCCAGCAUUCACUUGGCACUGGGGGUCCCGUGCUAGCCCCCACGCUGCUGCACGCACCCCAGCACAGUAGCAAUAAAGUAUUUAUAUUCACAGCACCAGGAUGG